ACAACUACACAUCUUAAACACAGGGUGUCCGCGGCCUCCUGAAAUUCAAGGAUGUCCUUGAAUCUCCUUGAAUUUCAAAAAAACUGAAAAAGUCCUUGAAAUCUCCUGGAAUUUUAAAAUAUCUCCUUGAAUGUCCUGGAAUUUCGCCGAUCGGGAAAAAAAAAAAAAAAUCGGCUUAAAAAAAAAAUUAUUAGAGGAUGGGCCGGCGCGGGCGGAAAUAAAUUCGAAAUUACCGUUUCCGAGUCUGCGCAGAAGGUGUUUACCGCUCCUUCACUAUAUAAAGCAUCGAUAUCGGAUCGUUUUUUCAGUGGACACGUUGAUUUUCAUCCAAAUUGGAUCAAAAGUUUACGUUACGCAUCUUCAAAACUGUUUUCCUGUUUCAUUUUGUGCCUUUAUAUUUUCAUCAGAUCAUAUUAUUACUUAGAUCUAUGUGCAUUGUGAAUUUAAUAAUUAGAUCUAGGCCUAGAUCUAAAUAUAUCUAGACUAGAUUAUUAUUUCUAGAUCUAGAUUAUUCGAGAUCUAUAAAGUAUAUGAUCUACGUUUCUUUUAUUGUGAAUAUUGUGAUUUGUGCUUUGGCUUUGGUUUAACUUUAAUCAAGUCUUUAUCCAAGCCUAAGCUAGAGAUUUAUAGUCUGUUACGUAGCUCUAGUCUUGAGACUUGAUUGUUCUAUCAUCUGAUCGGACUGUCCUAGAAUACUAGAUAUCCAAAUCUAUUUCUAGAUCUAUAACCUACAUUUGUAUUACAAUGCCUAAAUACGGGACAUCGUUUAAUGCGCUUUGGCUUGAAAAAGAUAUUUACAGAUCUUGGCUUCAAAAAUCAUCCGUCAGUGACACCAAAGCCUUUUGUCGUCAUUGUAAAAAACUAAUUGACAUAUUAUGCAUGGGUGAAGCAGCACUUAAAUCUCAUAUGAAAUCAGAUAAACACAAGCGAGAGUCUGGAAAGUCAGAUGGCUGCUUAAUGAUUGCACCCAUAUUUGCUAAAAAGGCUGCUACAGUUACAGCGACUGUCACUUGUCCUACAGCUAUGCCACCAACCCCACAGGUGCAAGCUGCUCAAGUCAUUGAUCCUAGCCAAAAUAUACCAACAACCUCUACGUCAACCCAGGCGCAAUCAUCAAUCAAAUCUCACGUGACCACAGAGGAGACAAUCAACGCAGAGAUACUAUGGGCUUUGAAAGUGGUGUGUUCUCAUUACUCAUAUAACAGUUGCCAUGAUAUUGCUGAUCAUUUUGCUCGAAUGUUUCCUGACAGCAACAUAGCUAAAAAAAUGUCUUGUGGAAAAGACAAAAUAUCCUAUCUUGUGUCUUUUGGGCUUGGUCCUUAUUUCCAGGAUCUUCUAAAGGACAAGCUCAAAACUGUGAAUGAUGGUUUUGUACUAUUGUUUGACGAAUCUCUAAAUCGAGAACUAAACAAGAAACAAAUGGAUAUGCAUGUCAGAUACUGGGAUACAGAUAAGGUUGUUACAAGAUACUAUGGCUCUGCUUUCCUGGGUCAUGCUACUGCUCAAGAUAUGCACCAAAAAUUAUGUGAAAACUUUCACUUUGACGGAAAAAGUGUUGUUCAGAUAUCAAUGGAUGGCCCCAAUGUCAACUGGGCCUUGUUCAAAUUACUCAAUGAGGACCUCCAGAAAGCAUCAGAAAAAAAGUUUGUGGACAUUGGCAGUUGUGGGCUUCAUACAAUGCACAAUGCUUUUCGUGCAGGCCUUGCAUCAACUGGCUGGGAACUGGGUCAUUUUUUCUCAUCGCUGUCUUGGCUUUUCAAAGAUACCCCAGCAAGAAGGGAAGACUUCACAUCACUAACUGGCAGCAGUGAUUUUCCUCUUGAACACUGUCAGCAUCGAUGGGUGGAGAAUGUUGAGGUGGCAGAGAGAGCUCUCAAAGUAUGGCCCCACGUAAAAAAAUUCAUUCAGUCUUUAAUUACUGCUAAAAAGGCAAUCAACACAAAGUCUUUUGAGCACCUGAAAGGCUGUAUGGAUGAUGUACUACUAAUUGCCAAAAUUGAAAGCUUCAUAUCCAUUGCAAAGGUUUUGCAACCUUUUUUAAAAAGAUAUCAAACAGAUGCACCACUGUUGCCCUUUAUGGCCCAAGACCUCUUCAACAUGCUUCGGUCAUUGUUGCAAAGAUUUGUGACACCAGCUGUUUUUAAAGAAUGCACCUCAGUUACAGCACUGCUUAGUGCAGAUUUGUCUGAUAUAAAAAAUCUUCUGCCUCCUGGAGAAGUUGACAUAGGUUUUAAAGCCAAAUCUGCUGUCAAGGAAAUUAAGAGUAAAGCCAGUGCAAGGGAUAUUUUCAACUUCCAGAUGGAGAGCAGAAAGUUUCUGGUAACAACAGCCAUAAAAUUAAUGACAAAAUCUCCACUGAAAAAUCAGCUUGUCCAGUGUUUGAAAUGGCUACAGCCUAAAAACAUUGUAGAAGAUUUUGAUGGUUCUUUAAGAGACUUAGAUGCCACUUUGAGCUACUUAGUUGAGCUUGGCCGUGUCAGCGCAGAUGACUGUGAUGAUAUCAAGUCGGAAUUCACCCAGUGGCACAGUUCCAUUGUCACCACAAAUUCUAUAGUAUUCCAGUCCUUUAGUAUCCAAUGUGAUAGACUGGAUACUUUUUUUAAUCAACAUAUUAACAGUGAAUUCAGUAAACUAUGGGCACUAAUAAGAGGAAUUUUGAUUCUGUCUCAUGGCCAAGCCCAGGUCGAGAGAGGUUUCAGUACCAAUAAAGAGACAAUGUGCGUCAACAUGAUGGAGAGAACACUUAUAGCCAAGAGAAUGAUUUGUAACAGCAUUGAAGCAAUGGGAGGAAUUAAAAAUGUAACAAUUUCUUCAGGCAUGCGAAUGGCUGCUGCUUCAGCCAGAUCAAAGUAUAGAAUUUAUCUGGAAGAAAGGGCUGAGGAGGAAAAAAGAAAGAACCUAAAAAGGAAAAGAAACGAUCAAUUUGAAGAACUUGAGGCUAUGAAAGCCAAAAAAGCUAGGUUCGAAAGGGACAUUACAAGCCUCACUGACUCUGCGGACAAGCUUGCAGAAAAAGCAGAAAACACUAACAGUCACAAAUUUUUAAUAGAAUCCAAUGCUUUACGUCGCUCUGCAAAGCUUAAAAAAGAGCAAAUUGAAAAACUUACUUUGGAAAUAGAAACCAAAGUGAGGGAGAUCAGUGGACUCUAAAAAACAUUAAAAACCCUUGUAUAUAUGUAAAUAUAUUGUAAAGAAUGGAUGUUCAAGAUGCGUUUUAUGGUAGGCCUUACACUCAUACUAGUUUAUAAUGUAUUUUUUGCAUGUUUUGAAUAUCUUGAGUAAGUUAUUUUUAUUUAGUAAUCAAAUCUAAAUUAUUCCAACCUAUAUAUAUAUAUGGGCUAUAAAUAUUUUUAUAAAUUUUUUGGCGCGAACUCUAUGUCCUGGAAUUUUUAAAUUUCUCCUUGAAAACUCCUUGAAAACUCCUUGAAUUUCAAUUAGACUUUGGUGCAGAAACCCUGUAAACAAAUUUAGUGUAAUAGGUG